AAACGAACGGAAAAGCUCCAUUCAAACGACACUGGUUGGCGUAAAAAUCGAAGAUACAUAUGAAUCGAAAAUUCCAAGCCAAAUUCAUUUAUCGAUGAAAAUGAUUGGACAGAAAUUUAAUUAUUCAUGAAUUGAGGAACGAUUGGCCCUUUUCCCGUGGCGAUCGCGGGCGGUUUUUAUUACUCUAGCUAUAAACUGACUUACACAACACCUUUAUAUAGAAAUAGUUCUAUACUUGUGGAUGUCUUGUAAUUAAUACAUAUAGUCAUACUCACAGAUUGUGCCUAGCUUUGGGAGUUAUCUAGCGAUGGCAACAGAAACUGUCAAAAGAAGGUUAGCUUUUCAGAAAAGUUAUAGCCAAGAGCAUGGUGGCUGGAGAAGAAAAAGUUUAAUUGAUGAUGCCAAAUUUGAAACUUUGUCAAAUCUCGAAUUUGAAAAAAGAGAGAAGAUACACAGUAAAGGAGAUUCUAUAAGUGAGGAAGAGGAUGUUUUUGUGAAUGGUGAUGCCAUCGUAACUUCAGAUAAAUCCAACAAAUUAACGUUUGGGAUUAUUUUAUCUUUGAAAGACGGCUCGACUAAUAUUGGACCAAUUAUAAGUCUGUUUGAGAACUUUCGUAUUACAAUAAAGCACAUUGAAACAAGAAAAUCACGUAAAUCCGACGCCCAUUCAGAAGUGUUUUUGUUAUGUUCUGGUAAGAAAGAUGGCGUAACAGCCGCCACAACUAAUAUACAGAAGCAUAGUAAAGUUUCGGGUGUUGAUAUAAUCAGUGAAUCGAGUCCAGAAAAUAAACCAGAAAUCUGGUUUCCACGACAUAUCUCUGAACUUGAUAAAUGUACUCAUCUUAUUUCUAAAUUUGAACCCGAGCUUGAUUUAGAUCAUCCGGGUUAUACGGAUAAAGACUAUCGUGACAGAAGACAGAAGAUAGCAGAUAUUGCCUUUGAUUAUAAACAUGGUGAUCCCAUUCCAAGAGUAGAAUAUACACAGGAAGAUAUCAACACAUGGGGCCAUGUUUUCCGUCAGUUAAAGAAGUUAUUUCCCACCCAUGCGUGUAAGAUACAUCGCGAUAUAUUUCAAGUUUUAGAAGAUGAAUGUGGAUAUACAGCAGAUAAUAUACCUCAGUUAGAGGAUAUAUCUAAUUUCUUAAAACGUAAAACAGGGUUUCAACUACGACCGGUAUCAGGUUUACUGACAGCUCGUGAUUUUCUCGCCUCCCUGGCAUUCCGUGUAUUUCAGUGUACCCAGUAUGUUAGACAUGGAUCUAAACCAGAUUACACCCCGGAACCUGAUUGUAUUCAUGAAUUAUUGGGUCACGUACCAAUGUUAGCCGAUCCAGGAUUUGCCCAGUUCUCACAGGAGCUUGGUUUAAAUUCACUAGGGGCAUCGGAUGAAGAUAUUGAGAAGUUUGCAACGCUGUACUGGUUUACUAUUGAGUUUGGUUUGUGUAAGCAAGGAGGGCAGAUCAGAGCUUAUGGUGCCGCAGUUUUAUCAUCGUAUGGAGAACUUCUUCAUGCUCUGGGCGAUACACCAGAAAGACGAGCAUUUGAUCCAGUAAAGACAUCUCUACAAGAAUAUACAGAUCAAGAUCUUCAACCUAUUUUCUAUGUCGUUGAAUCAUUUGAAGAUAUGAUGGAUAAAAUGAGGAACUAUGCUGCAAAUAUCCGUAGACCAUAUGAAGUCCGUUAUGAUCCGUAUACUCAAACAGUACAGACUCUCAACAAUAAAGACAUGCUUCACAGCGUUACAAGAGAUUUGCGAGGAGAAUUAGAAUAUUUAGAACGGGCUAUAGAUAGAAUACAAUGUCUUACAAUGACAGGUCGUUGAAUAUAACGAAAAACCACAAAUUAAAGUUAGCAAGUCAAAUAUAUUAGUUUUAAUAAGGACAGUAGAUUACUUACGGCAUAGAGCCGGGAUUUGUAAAUAAUAAAAUCCUUGGAUUCGUCAUUAUUUAAUUCUUCAUUCUGACUAAUUUCUAUUUGAUCAUGUGAAACUGUUAUUUUUGAGGGUGUAGCACAUCGUCAGAUUGUUUUAAGAAACUUUAAAAUUCUUAACAUUCCUACAAUCUGUAAUUUUAGAAGAUAGAUUGAGACAAGUUAGACACCAAAUUGUAGUUAAUGAAUCAUAAAUGUGACUUGGCUAAUUAUUAUGAUAGUUUAAGAAAGUGACACAGUAAAUAAUAUAUGUUAGGUUAAAGUUGUAAACGUCAUCUUUGUGCCCUAUCACGCCAAGAGCUAGACGUCGCAUUUUUAAAAUUUAGAUGAAUAAUGUACAUACGCACAGUAAGAUAGAAAUGAUUUAUUGUAAAUAUUAAAGCAUAUUUAAGACGUAUUAAAAUUCCGGAAUGAUAAGAGAGAUAAAUGUAAUUUUUUGUUGCAGUCGCCUUUAUAUAUAUUUCAAAGUGCAGUGCAUUCGUCGUUGCUCUCUGGCCUUAGAUGAAGUAAAGUUAGAAUAUAAUAUUGGAUUUAAGUAUAUGCAAAGUAAACGUCUAAAUGUGAAAGAGUAUUGAAAUAUUAAAUAUAGCCUGAAAUUUGGAGACUUACCACCAACUCCACAUGGAAACUGAACAUUUGCAUUUAUAUGAAGAAGAUGACUGUGCCCCAAACAAAGGAUUAAAAACGUGUUUCUCUGAGACUGAAAGACUUUCAAGCCGACUUAACCAGUUUAAUACACUAAAAUAUAUCAGAGAGUGUUCAUUUAGAUCGGAACAAAUGCAAGAUGGGGUCCUAUGCUAUUAGAUUGCUGUUACCUUUUUAUUAAAGGGGUAUUAUGUAAGAUUUAGAUAAAGAUUUAGCCUUUUUCGCUACAAUAUUUCAAAAAUAGAUAAUGCAAAAUGAAUAUAUUGAAAAUUUUAUUCAAAUUACAUUCUUUUGGGCGAAGGCCUAUUAAAUCAUUUAAUGGUCGAACAAUUCAAAUCUACUUAAUAUCGGAGCCAUCCAAUGGCAUCGAUGGUUGAUUAUGGUCUUGUCAUGUAAAUAAAUGUCCAAUUAAAAACUUAUAUAACAUUUCAGACCCAAAGAAAGAUCUGCAAUAAGCAGAUUUACCUGUUUAUGGUUUAUAAAAUGUUUAAUACAGGCGGAAACGACUCUCGUCUUGGUUUAAGUCAACAUGAACAGCAACUUUUUGAGUUGAAAAAUAUGAUACUAUUUCGCCUAGGAAUUGUACAUUUUCUUUUGUUAAAUAUAUUUACAAUUAAUUUGUAGCUUUAUAAAAACGAAGUGCAAGAGAUGAAUUGUAACAUUUAAAUGUAUUCUUAUAAGCAAUAAACUGUAUAGAAUUAGUUAAAAUAAACAAACAGAAAAUACCUUC